UUGAAAUAAAUAAAUUUUUAAUGUUUAAAAUUGAUUUAUAUUAUUAGUAUUAUUAUUUUUGACAAAUAAAUUUCAUUUUAAUGUAAUUAUUUUCAAUUCAAAACUCCUCUCCGCUUUUUACGUUGACGCUCCUCACAGAGACCCGCCGACAGCUGGCGGAAGUGACGCCAUCUGUUGUUGACGCGAGGGGUUUUCUGGGAAAGAAUCAACCGGACGCCAUUUUGCUCUGAGAAACAGAAGGAAAGUAGCAAAGGUUGCAGCUCCUGAACCCCAAAACCCAUCAUCAGGUAAGUCCGAUCUGUUAGGGACAGGAUUCAGUGAAAUAGAAGGGGUCUUUGAGGUGUUUUGUUAUUGAUUCUAAAAAGAAUACACCUGUCAAAGGUGGAGAAAGGCCGCGGUAGCUCCGGAGCUAAAGCUAGCCGCGGGGUUGUCUCAAAACCAGGACCGAGUCAGCCCCGAAAGAUUAAGUCCUGGUCCUUCAAAGAUAUUAGGCUUUUAGCCAACUCUCUGACAGUCACUUGUGUGUUCUUAGCCUUCAUUGAAUCGGGUCCAGGUAGGUUCUGAUUCUGGGGUCAGUUGUUACAGGUCAGUCUGGUCUGGACUCACAGUGAGGCAAUACUGUGACCCCCCCUUCCCACUCACACUCACACACGCUAACAAACACUUGAGAUGUAUUUUCUACCUGCCGUGUUUAGACCAAACCUGCAGGGGUGUGUCCAGAGGGGCUCCAGAGGUCGCCUGGGCCCCCUGAAAAAUCUGAUUGGCAAGCUUGAAUUCCUCAGUUAUGAUUGGCUGGAUGCCCUGUGAGGGGCGGGACUGACUAAACUCAACCAUUCAACCACUUUAUUAUUAAGCUGAGUUUCCACCUUGGACUCUGUAAACUCUGAACCAGCUGGUUUCUGAGGGGGUUUUGAAGCCUGGCUUCAUCCAGAGAAAAGCACACUCUUUUAUAGUUUAUAAGAUACUACCUUAUUCAUUUCAAUAUGACUCUGCACACACUGCUUCCAGUAUGUGCCGUCCAAACUGAUGUAUACAGAAAAACUCGACUUCUGUGACGUCUAAUCACACAGCCUGUAAUUAUUUAGAUACAUUUCUUCUAAUUGCUCGACAACACUUGUUUUUGAGUACCAGGAUCCUUAAAUCUGGCCUGUGCUCAUACUCACUACAGUUCUUUACACUUUUGUAUCCCAAUCAGUGAUCCUGUAUUGUGGCGCAUAACGUAUGGUCAACACAGUGUGGUCAUAUGUCUCGUAUCGUGAGACAGUAGGGAUUACUCAGCCCCACCUAUGUCUACAAAAAGCUCCCACUCCAAACCUGUAAUAUCUCCUGAUUUGAAUGAUGAAGGAGGAGACUUAUAAUCCAUGCUCUUCUUUUUCUAGAAUUAUAGGUGUCAGGAUUUGUUGCUCUCUGUGGCUGACAGGGUCAUUAUUUCCAUAAAUUUCCAUAAAUGCAGAGUUCAGUGACAUGAACAUUGUAUGUGUCAGCCCAGUCUGCAGAUGAUCAAAGCUGUAGGUACAAAAUACAGGAAAUACAUACAUCGAUUCUUUUAUUUUAAUCAACUGUUCUCACGGUUCCAACAUUUACCCACCACCUGCUGCAUAGCUGUAUGACAAUUACCCACCAAAUGGAAAAUCCACUGGCAUUAGGUGAGUAGCAGGUGUUUUUACAUCUCAUGUGCCAGCAUUUAAAAAGUCCCCAUCCCAUUAUUUUGGUGAUGAAAAUUAUAUUUUAAAAAUAACAUUUUGUAAUGAUCCGACAGAGGACUUAUACAUUUGCAGAGGGGAUACAAGGCUUCAGUACUGUAAAGAAUCUGUAUUAGACCUGAGAAUAGCUAUUCUUAUCCAAAUACAAGAACCUCACAAGUUUCCUGUCAUUUUAGCAGGAUUUGUGUCUGAGGUGGUGGAGCAGGACCCCAGUUUACUGUAGAUAUUAGGAUCUGAACAUCUCCUUUUGUUUCAGAUAUGUGCUCCCUGCACAUAAUAAUCAUCACAUCAGCUUACCUGACAAUACUUAUUCAGUACAAAGAUGCUAGUGUUUCACUUUUUAAAUGACUGUCAAAAACGGUGCAUCCACUGUGGUAAUACUAAAAGAAUUCAAAGAGUUGCAGUUUCUGUUCACUAGGGGGUGCUGAUUCUCGGGUGAAGGCAGCUGAUUGUACAGGUCCCAGUCAGUGUGAGGGGUUUUAAAGAGAGACUUAUGAGUUUGUGAAAUGAUCUGUUGUUAACUCUCUUUGAAAUAGUUAAUUGAAGUUCAGCUCAGUCUGUUUACUCUUCAGCCCCUCUGGAUUCAAAUGAGAUAAACUUUCUGAAUUCUUUAUCAGAUCAAAUUAAAAUAGUUUCAAGUUCUUUUCUUCAUGGAAAGAAUUUGCUGCCAAAAAGAAAACUGCUAAAUGAUUUUAUAAUUUUAAUGCAUGACAUCAUGUUUUCAGACCUUAUAUGGGAGUAAUACCUUGUGUCUGAAAAAAAACCACAGUUAUUUCUAAAAUGCGAAAUUCUCCUCUGUCUGUAUUUUAUUCAAAAAGAGGUUCUAUUUCAUCCCUUCUGACCGCCAGAGGCGGUGCUUUAAGCACUGAAUGACUCCCUUCGCGCAUGCGCAGUUCGAGUGUUUAUACCAACAACGUCACUUGUGACCCCGUGGUGACCUGGAAGAGGUUAUUUCUUCCAUCGGUCAACGAGGGUUCAGUCCCUUAUUCUUUCUCGCUCGCGCAGGAUGCAAAAGAGCGAGCUACAAUAUUUCAAAACCUACCUCACUUUUAAAUGAGUAAGUUACCAGUAGUUCCGCGGCCGUUUCGGUCGGAGUAGCGAAUGCUCGCCCUCCAGGAGCUGUAACUUGUCUAAUCCAUAUUAAUUGGGAUCUCCUACUGAGCGGAGUUCUCAUCUCAUCGGACGCCGCGGCGUCCGUCAUUCACCGGUGAGGAUGGGACUCGUUCCCCUCUCCUUCGGAACAGGUAGGUUAUUGAUUUAGUGUAGAUAUAUAUAGAUAUUUACCUUAACCUGUUGUGAAAGGCUGCGCUCUCGCCGCCUCCCUCCGACAUAACGACUGUAUACAACGAACGGUAACGCUCGCGUUCCGCGUCGGCAUUUUCAGUUAAUAAACGACUACGGUAGCCCGUUUUUUGUUAACGCCGCAGUGGCCACGGCCCCCCGACGGCGGCUAAAGCAUUCAGCGGCGGCCAAGCGGGCAGAAAAGUUUUAAGGAUAGCUCUUUCGUUUUUUGGCUAGUUUCCUAGCGACGUUUGGUUGGGCUUGGCUAACCCGUUUUUGUUGCAUAGCCUUGUCUUUAGUUUAGUUAACACUAACAGUAGCAUUUACGCUCUGGUUGCCUUAGGGGCUUUAUCUCUUUUUAUUAUAUAGUUGGCGAUAGCCUACGCUGGUGCAGGCGGUGCUCACGCCCCCUCCCCCCAGCUCGCGCUGCCAGUGACCUGAGUUGCUUCAAGCCUAUCAUUGUGAUUAUUAUUUAAUUUAUUCUUUCUAUUUCUGAUUGCUGGCAAAGGAGCGUUUCCGCUUCCUUCCUCCAGCAUAAGCGGCAGUCACUCUUGCUGUCUUAAUUUUCGGAUAAAGGAGCGUUUCUGCUUCCUCCCUCCAGCAAGAGCGAUCAAUUCUCCAUCUAGUGGCGGGGUCACAAUGGAUGUCUCUCACUGCUGUACUUCCUGUCAGGCCCCCCUCCAACCUGAUGAUGGACACGAUUUGUGUCCAUCAUGUCUGGGCCUUGAGCACCUCAAGGAGGCCCUGGUGAACAGCCACUGUAUGGACUGCAGCUACAUGCCAAUGGCAGCUAAGCUGGCCAGGCUAGCGGAGGUGAAUCCGCUGCAGGACAACCUUCCCCCAUCAGGCCAGGCGCCCACAGUGAAACCUGGUCGCUCGAAGCGGGGCACUGACGCACCUGCCAGUGCAGGCGCCCCACCUGCUAAAAAGAAGCCUAGGGCUAGGCCCAAGACCAACCGCUCUCGACUGUCGUCUAGGGUGGAUCAGUUGUCUGCGGAGCUUGGUUGUAUGAGGGCUAUGCUCCUCGUCCAUCAACCUCUGGAGUGUCCUUCAGAGGAAGCUCGGGUGCCUACUCCUGAAAUGCCACACUUGACCCAGGAGUCCCAAGAGCCAGAGGAGGAUGCGCUGUCUUUAGCUGCAUCAGCCUCCCAUUUUCAUGAGUACGAGGAAGGGGAGGUCUAUGAGGGGGCCUCUCAGGCCUCAGAUCAAGGCUCCCACUCCUCAGCCCAGACUGAGCUGUCCGAGAGCGGGGAUAACUCGAUGCAGGCCAUCCUGAGAAUGGCCCUGGAGAAGUUAAGGGUGGCCUUACCAGACCAAGCAGGGCAGGCCCCAACAAGCAGAUUCUUCCGGCGGAAGCCAGCCUCCAAUGCAUUCUCUGUCCCUCAUGCAGAGGACUAUUUGAGGGAGCUACAGGUCUGCUGGGCAGACUCGAAGGCCUGCUCCCGUCUAACCAGCGACGGUCGUGCGCUGGCAGCGAUGCAUGGUUCGGCAGACGUUGGCUUGGACUGCAUGCCAUCAAUUGAGCCAGUCGUCGCAUCUCUGGUGGUUCCCCCGGAUGAGGCCUUGAGCCGGGACACCAGGUGCCCUCGCCCCCAGUGCAGGCUGACCGACGACCUGCUGAUUAGGGGCUAUAACACAGGAGCAAAAGCUGGGAGAAUUGGCAACUCCCUGUCGCACCUCCUGCUGGCGCUUUCAUCAUCCCUGCAGGAGGACAAUGCAAUCGCAGAUGCUACCACCCUCUGUGACGCGUCACUGGAGGCGUUUGGCCUCAUGGCUCGGGAGUUAGGGAGGAUGAUGUCCAUCAUAAUCCAGGCCCGCCGCCAGGUUUGGCUGUCCCAGUCACGGCUGACGGACAAGGCGAGGAAGACCCUCCAGGGCCUCCCGGUGGUGCCAGGAACGGUCUUUGGUCCAGCUGCCCAGGAGGCACUUGACCAAACCAUCCAGGCUGGACAGACUAGACAGCAGCUGAUGAGCCUGCACCGCGCUCCUCCCCAUAGCAGGGGCAGGGCCAGGGGCAGAGCCCACUCAGCUGCCCCUGGAAGCAACCCCCCACCAGCCCACUUUAGAGACCCACGCUUUGCGCAGGGGCAAGCCCGUGGACGGGGCUUUGGUCGUGCGCAGUCUAGGCCAUUUCGGCCCCCGGACCCCGUUGGACCCCCCAACAGGGCCCCUAGGGGCAGAGGGGCCAAACACUGAGACAAUGGGGCCGGCCGUCGGAACUUUCACACACCAGCAGCUCAGCUACUGGGCUGCUCGAGCUGUGGACCCGUGGGUGCUUACCACCUUGACCCACGGGUACAAACUCCAGUUCCGACGCCGGCCCCCUGCAACCAGCCGGGUCAAAACUACCAUCAUUGGCGACCCGGCAAAGGCCUUCGCCCUGGACCAGGAGCUGUCUACCCUCCUGGCCAAGGGUGCCAUCGAACCAGUAGACCCUCUGCAGCACCCCAGGGGGUUCUACUCAACCUACUUUCUGGUAGAGAAAAAGACCGGCGGAUUCCGCCCCAUCUUGGACCUGAGAGGCUUAAACAGGUACUUAAAGAUCCUACCCUUCCGUAUGUUGACCACGGCAGCUGUACUCCAGUCUGUGGCCCCAAACGAGUGGUUCACGACAGUGGAUUUGAGAGAUGCCUAUUUCCAUGUCCCCAUUCGCCAGGCAACACCGGCAGUUCCUCCGGUUUGCCUACAAGGACCGCCACUGGCAGUUCCGGGUGCUCCCAUUUGGGCUCUCCCUGUCCCCGAGGGUCUUCACGAGGUUUGCCGCUGCAGCGCUCCAACCUCUCCAGGCCCAGGGCAUGAAGGUGCUUCCCUACCUGGACGAUUGGCUGAUCUGCGCACCAUCCCGGGCACAGUCAGCGGACGACACAUCACAGCUUCUAGCCCACGUGGCCCGCCUGGGUAUCAAAGUAAAUACAGACAAAAGCUGCCUGACGCCAUCUCAGAGCAUAACAUUCAUUGGUCUAGCCCUAGACACGGUUUCAAUGACGGCCCGUCCUUCCACCCGUCGGGUGGAUGGUAUUAUGAAGCUUCUGUUCGAUUUCAGGAGAGGAAGCCUCCUGCCAUACAUGAGGUUCCUCCGCCUCAUGGGCACGCUAACGUCUGUUGCGGCUGUUGUGCCGCUGGGCUUGCUGUCCCUACGCCCCCUGCAGAGGUGGCUAAACGGCCUCCAUCUAGAUGCCGAGCGACACAGGCACAGGCAGAUUGCCGUGUCAAGACAGUGCCUCCUCACCCUAGUCCCGUGGAGGGACAGGACUUACAUCCUGAGGGGUGUCCCGAUGGGGUGUAUUCCAUUCCGCAGAGAAACUGUUACCACCGACGCCUCCCUCUCGGGCUGGGGUGCGGUGUGGCAGGGCAGGACAGCUCGCGGGCAGUGGUCUCCAGCAGACCGCGCAAAUCAUAUCAAUGUGCUCGAAAUAAAAGCGGUGCACAUGGCUCUUAUCCAUUUCAUGCCUCACCUGAGAGGCAAGCAUGUGUUGGUCAGGUCAGACAAUACCUCAACAAUCUACCAUAUAAACCACCAGGGAGGGACCAAGUCAGCACAGCUGCUGCAGGUCUCCGCAAACCUGCUGACAUGGGCCGCCCCCCGCCUGAUGAGCCUGCGGGCAGUAUAUAUACCAGGGGAGAAGAAUUAUAGCGGACUUUCUCUCCCGGCGGAAGCCUCCGUCAGGAGAGUGGCGCCUCCACCCAGACGUGGUCACCAUGAUCUGGAACCGCUUUGGCAGGGCAGAAGUGGAUCUGUUCGCUUCGGCAGUGUCGACCCACUGCCCGAAGUGGUUCUCCCUAGCGGAGCCAACCAGCCCCCUAGGCCAGGACGCGCUGUCCCACCCCUGGCCAGGGGUUCUCCUAUACGCCUUUCCCCCACUUCCUCUGAUUCCCCUGGUGCUCCAGAGAGUGGCUCAGGAGGGUCACACCAUUCUCCUCGUGGCCCCUUUCUGGCCAGGCAGGGUGUGGUUCCCACUGCUCCACCAACUAUGUCAAGGGACGCCGUGGCGCCUCCCCGACAGGAGGGACCUGCUCUCACAGCUGAGGGGACGAAUCUGGCAUCCCAACCCACAACGCCUUCAGCUGUGUGUUUGGCUGCUGAAGGGCCCGAACCACUGCUAGGCAGCUGCUCGGACGCAGUACAACAUACGAUCUUGAAUGCAAGGGCGCCGUCCACCAGGCUCCAGUACGCCAACAGGUGGAAGCUGUUUUCCAGCUGGUGCAAAAGCAGAGCUGAGGACCCAGUACACUGCCCAGUGACUGUAGUCCUUGAAUUCCUCCAAAGCCUGGUAACUAAAGGCCUGUCCCCUUCUACACUUAAAGUGUAUGUGGCAGCUAUAUCUUGUAACCACGUGAGGGUUGAGAACAGCACGAUAGGGAGCCACCGCUUGAUCUCCAGCUUUCUGAAGGGGGCCCAGAGGCUGCACCCCCCGAGAGCCCCGAGAGCUCCAGUAUGGGACCUAAAUCUAGUCUUAGACACCCUAUGCAAGGCUCCCUUUGAGCCCCUGGAGCGGGCAGAGCUCAAAUGGCUGUCCUAUAAGACAGCCCUCCUCCUGGCCAUUACAUCGGCCAAGCGGGUAGGGGAGCUACACGCCCUCUCAAUCAACGAAUCUUGCCUACGGUGGAACUGGCCCGGUUCGAUCCUCCGCCAGGAGACAGGGCUGACCAACUGAGGCUGUUGUGCCCGGUGCGGGCCUUGAGAGCCUACAUUCGAGCCACCACACGUGUAAGACGAGCUGAACAGCUCUUUGUGUGUCACAGCGGCCCUAGUAUAGGCCUUGCCCUGUCAAAGCAGAGGUUGUCCCACUGGGUGGUGGACACAAUCAACCACGCCUAUAAGGCAAAUAACCGCCCCAUGCCACCCGGGGUCCGGUGUCACUCGACCAGGAGUGUCUCCACCUCAUGGGCAGCCCUAAGAGGAGUACCCCUGGAGGACAUCUGCUCGGCUGCCUCGUGGGCGUCAUCAAGCACGUUCUCCAAGUUCUACAGGGUCAACGUUGCCACUCCCCAUCCGUUGGGUGUGGUCCUCUUCCCGGAGUCCCCUUGAUUCAAGGUUUGCAAUCAGGAUUCCUCGUGACUUUGCUGGUAUAAGUCAUUCAGUGCUUAAAGCACCGCCUCUGGCGGUCAGAAGGGAUGAAAUAGAACGAAAGUUACGCAUGUAACUACGGUUCUAUGAAUCCCGAAUGACCGCCAGAGCACUCUGUCACUCAGAAUCCUCGCGUCUUCGCGAGAAAGUUCUGCAGGGACUGAACCCUCGUUGACCGAUGGAAGAAAUAACCUCUUCCAGGUCACCACGGGGUCACAAGUGACGUUGUUGGUAUAAACACUCGAACUGCGCAUGCGCGAAGGGAGUCAUUCAGUGCUUAAAGCACCGCCUCUGGCGGUCAUUCGGGAUUCAUAGAACCGUAGUUACAUGCGUAACUUUCGUUUUAUGCUGUAUAAAAAUAGGCACUUUAUUGCCUCUUAUAUACAGCAUUGAAAAGCAGUAUGUAAGAGGCAAUAUAACCUACUGACAUUUUAAGGUGGGGUAUUUGUGGCACCUCAUCUGCAGUGUGUAAUAACCAAAGUGUGAUGGUGGGUUGAAGUCUCCCCACCUCUUAUCCUCUCUCAGAGGUAACAGAAGCAGAAUGGAGGGAAGCCUGCAGGCGGGACAGCACUGUGUGUAUGUGCAUGCUUAAACCCCACUGUGUGUUAUUAAGCUGUGCCUCACUAGUCCCACAGUGACUUACUAUGAUGUGUAAUGACACACUGGGGCACCAAUUUUCGGCCUUUUCAAGGUGCAGUGUGCCAGUUUAAAGCUUAAUGAAGGAGAAACUCUGCUCCAGCGCUGAGACAGACUCUGUUUGAAUACACGCCAACACACAGCUGACAAACAGGUGGAUGAAUGACAUUAAAAUUCAUAAUGAAUUUUUCACCACCUUUUCAGAGCAGAUCACCUAUUCAGAAACAUGCUGGCCUUUUGUUGGAUUUAAAAAAAAUUUAAGGUUAAAAAAGAUUUUGAAAGUUUUUUUUCUUUUGAAAGACAUCAAAUUUCAGAUCAAAUUCAGUGUCCAUGACUUUCUGUUCUCUCUGUGUAUUUGCUCAUUCUCUUGACAGUCUACAGCAUUUACAGCUGUGUAUUAUAAAUACAUUCACUAAAACAGUGGAGGACUCUUAGGGUUGUUAGGGAUGACUACAGAAUGCAGACUUCAUAUACUGUUUUUAAUAAUAUCAGGAGACCUUUUAAAUGUCAUAUUUAGAAAGUCUGCAGCAACCCUACAUCAGGCCCUCUCCUCUGAUAAGCAAAGUCACUGGCCUGAGCAGUUUGGUCUUGAUUUUGUCGUUUUAUUUCCAGACACGAUGGCGAGUCCCGGGAAAGAAAACUACAGGAUGAAGAGCUACAAGAACAAAGCGCUGAAUCCUCAGGAGAUGCGUCGACGAAGAGAAGAAGAAGGGAUCCAGCUGCGUAAACAGAAGAGAGAGGAGCAGGUAGAUGGUUUGAACUCUUCGUGAGCUUCUGUUUCAAAUAGCUCUGCUUUUGCUGAUUGCAUCAUUGAAGCUCCACAUUCCACUUGUUUUCACCCCGCACAGGUUUCAUGUUUUUCUUCUGACUCAUGUUUUAAAGUAGUACCUUUUUGACUCUCUUCCCUGCAGCAGUUGCUGUUGGUUUCCUUUGUUUAAACAUGUUUUUUGAAGAAAACUAAAUCAUCACGUAGAUUCCAAGCUUGCAUUUCACCUCGUCAUAUAACAAACCAAAAUUUGUCAAAGGCCAGACAAACACAGCAUCUUUCACCUUAUUCCGUAUCAGCAGGUGAAAAUGUCUUUAUCAGUGCAGCCCCAUCCCACCCUCCCAUCCCGUAGCCUGGCUGGGCCAUCCAGUUGCGUGAAUCACUUGCCGUUCCUUCACACAACAGUCUGGACUUCGGCCCAUUGGGAGCGUGUAUUCCCGGUCAGAAAAUAACCGGGCCAGUCAGAGACCGUGUUUCCAUUGUUACCCGGACAACAGGGAAAGGCAGCCCCUGACUGGUCCAUGUGUAGAUGGCGACGUCUAACACAUGCUGCGGGACUUUUCAAAGCGCUGUUCAUUUAGAACGCCUUUAAUUCUGCAGUUGACUUUGCAAAGUCGGCAGAAACCGUUUAUAUCCGAUGUCUUCUGCGGAUAUAAACGAUUUCUGCCGACUUUGCAAAGUCAACUGCAGAAGGUGUGGGAAGGAACGGCAAGUGAUUCACGCAACUGGAUGGCCCAGCCAGGCUACCCAUCCCGUGCCACAUGACAUUAUGCAAAGUUGAAUUAUUUCAGCUCUGCUAAAAAGAGAUCCCGUCUAUUUCCAGAAUAAACCCAAUUCUCUCUGAAUGAUGUUUCCUUUAACUCUGUGACUGUUUUCUGCUGAUACUGUCUCUUCAUCCUAAACAUGUUUUUUCAAGUUAAUAGAGCAGCACACCAUUUUUGUUUGUUUUCAAAUGAACCCAAAGAUGUCUUCAGCCUAUUCUACUGAAGGUUGUCCAGCUGGCAUUUUAGUAAAACUCACAAACAGAAUCAUAAAUGUGAAAUGUGAAAACAUUUUCAACAUUUGUUGAAAACUCUUAUUGCUCAGAGUAAACAGCAGCAGAUCUACUGUCUGAUGUCAGGCAUACCUGAUUGCACUCGUCUAAACCCCAAUCUUAAAGGAAAUCCCUCAUGUGGAGCCUCGUUCAGUAACAAGCUGCUCAGAAACGUCUUCUUCAUUACCUUCGGCCAUGUUUGUUUGUUAUUCUGCUCUGUGUGGGCUAUGGCUGUGAGUCCGUCGCUCGCACUUAUGUUAUCAACUUGCACUUAUUGUAUUUAUCAUGAGAUGGCAAAUAUUUAUCAUGGAAGAUUUUUCUGACAAUUUAUCAUGAGCAAUAAUUGAUCAUCCAUCCCUAGUAGAUAGAGGCAGCUCCAGUGUUACAGUGUCAUUUUCAUGAUAAAAAAGUACAACACAAGCAACGAUCUGGACAGAAGGAAACAACACCAGUAAAAAACCCAAAAUGCUACAAGUUCAUUUGCUGCUGUCAUGCAGAGAUAAAGGUAAUAAUGGACUUUCUUUGAGCUUUAAAACAGAAGCCCAGGGAUUUGACUCAAGCUUGAAAUUGACACUUCAAAAACUUUAAAUUUAAAGACUAGAUCUAAAACUUUUUUAUAUGACAGAGAUCACAGCAAAACAAAACUUCCACAAGCUGCCCACGAAGAAAACAUCAUCUUCUUUAAAAAGAAAAACUAAAUUUAGGAACUGACUAGGAGCUGGGGUGAAAGAGAACUCACAUGAUUUUGUAUUUCCUGGAUGAAGACAAACACUGAUCUGAACAGGACAUUGUGUGGUGACGGUGUUUAUGCAGUUUUAUUUAUCAAGGUAGAGAAAGCGGCAGAUCAUUUGACUGCAUCAAAAAACAUUUGGAUAGAGAUCACUGAAGGAAUCCUCUUAGAAAUAAGUCGGGCUGAUAUUUCAUCCCUCACAUUGUUGCCAAAUCCUGGAGUGAAAAAAGUCUGGAUCCAAUGUUUGGGAUUAUGUCUAUGAGCAUUAAAAACUUCUGACCUGCAGUAACCUCAUGUGUCCUCAGCUGUUCAAGAGGAGAAACGUUUGUGUCCCUGCAAGUGACGAGUCCAUGCUGGAGUGUCCCAUCCAAGAUCCAGAUGUCAGCUCCACUGUACCUGUCUCAGGUGUAAGUCUUUGAUCACAUGCUGUCUUUUUUCUUCUCCCAUUGCUCUCAUGUUCAUCUGUCAAAGACGACUGUGUUUCCUGUGGCUGUGUUCAGUCUGAUGGGAGUUUGAAAUGUUUGUCACUCCUGCAGGAUGGAGUCAUAACUCCUGAUAUGAUUCAGAUGAUCUUCUCCGAUGACCCCGACCAGCAGCUGAUUGCCACUCAGAAGUUUAGGAAACUCCUCUCCAAAGGUCUGUGCUAGGUCUCAAGGUUCAAAUCAGAAAUGUGUCGGGAGGAUAUGUUUGAGGAUUUCAGGGGAUUAACUCUGUUGGAGCAUGCAGAACCACAGCUGUCUGUUUCACCUCUGUAAAGCAGGGGAUGUUUAAUGACUGCUGAGUUUUCUCCGGUCUUUUGUGCAGAGCCUAACCCACCCAUCGACGAGGUCAUCUCCACGCCUGGUGUUGUCAAUCGCUUUGUUGAGUUUCUGAAGAGGAGUGAAAACUGUACACUGCAGGUGAGAGUUCCACAGACGAGCACUGAAUGCAUGAACUGUGAAGUCUUACACAUCACAAAGUACUCGGAUUUACAGGUUGGUAAAGAACAGAUGAUUUUUAGAUUUUUUUCUCGCUGUUCAACCAAAUGUACAUGUAAGAUUUGUGUCAGAGAGCAGACAGAGAGACAGAGGUUUUCUUUCAGACCUGACCUGUAGACCACAGACACACACCACACUUCUUCUGGGAUAUAACUGUGGAUUUAUUUUUGGUGUUUGGAUUCAAAACUGUAUCCAUUGCAAGUUUAUUUCCUUUGAGCAGCAGGUCUGUAUCUUUUGAUCUCGAAUAUUGAACUGUUCAGUACAGCAUCCUUAUUUCAAUACACACUGAAGUGCAUUCUUGUUGCUGCAAAGGAUUCUGGUCUCUUAAAUUUCCCACUGCCCCACACUGCAGCUAAAGCAAAUCUACACUGCUUUCCCUGGAGAUCUGGAGUGUUAAAGUGUCACAGGUUCAACAUGAUCUCUUGACCCUUUUGUCUGUACAAUAUUAUAAAAGUGACAUUACUGUUACAUCCUCAUAAUCAGCAUUGCAGCAGAGUCUUACUUCUACUCUGUUAUCUGGUCUUUUUAGGAUUCAGUUAAACCCUUAAGGUAAAAGUACUCAGCAUUAUCAGAGCACCUACUAGAUCAGGGGUUGGCAACCCGCAGCUCCAGAGCCGCAUGUGGCUCUUUCAUCCCCCGGCUGCGGCUCCCUGUGGAUUUGAAAAAUAAAUAAUAAAUAUUUAAUUUAAAUGUAUUUUAUUUUAUUUUAUUUAGUUGCGAAAACCAAAAAACCUCUGUGAAGAUGAAGGUGACAUCAUACAGCGCUGAUCUGGAGACGUUGUGCGCUGAGGUUCAGGAGCGAAAGUCACAUUAAACAAGAAAAUUUAAUAUUUUAAUCGGUUUUGCAGAUAUAUAUCUGACAUUGUUCAGUGAAAUAGUGUUUUUUAUUCAGCGCACACGCUUACUCUGUAAUUGUCCUCUCUACUCCCCUGAGUCUGGCUUGAAUAGUGGGGCUCCGAGGGCAGAGCUUGCAGUUGUGACCUAGGGAAUCUCACUGUGUCCGAUGCUGCUGUUUGGGUCUGCCAGAGGUUCACAAUAAUUUGAAUGCAGAAAUACUCAGAAAUGCAGUUUUGCACCUGUUUUUCUCAUGACAUGUCCUCUAGCAUCAGAAAAAUGGCAUAUAAACUUGCAGACAACCAGAAAAACAUGAUUUUCAUCAGAGUGGGUCUUUACGGUUAGUUCAAACUGUUUAGAAUAUUUUUGUUUUCCUGCAGAAAUAACAUUUCUUUUUCUCUGCAGCAGCUCGUUUAUUUCAUAAACACAACACACUACAUUUUUUUUCCAUAUACUUUGCAUAGAGGUAAAAAAAAAAAGAUAAGUGUUAUCUUAAUUUUAGUUGUCAAAGGGGUUUUGUGUCUCUCUUUUCUGUGGGAAACUGGUCCACAUGGCUCUUUGAGUAUUUAAGGUUGCCAGCCCCUGUACUAGAUGAACCAAAUAAGACCAACAGAAGAAGAAGUAAUGCUUUCAAAACUUUUUUCAUUUCCUGUGUUUCAUGUCUUAAAUAUGUGCAUCUUCGACAGUUUGAGGCGGCCUGGGCUCUGACCAACAUCGCCUCAGGUACCUUCCUUCACACGAAGGUGGUGAUAGAAACCGGAGCUGUUCCCAUCUUCAUCGAGCUGCUCAACUCUGAGUACGAGGACGUCCAGGAGCAGGUCAGAUAAGAAUUGAUCUUUGCUGAUACAUUUCCAGUAACUCCUACAGGACAGGGGUUUCAUAACUGCUGCAGCUCUCAGACUUUGUCAGUGCGUGGUGAACACUCACACUCACAGUCUCUGUGUAUUGCGUUUUAGGCUGUGUGGGCUCUGGGGAACAUCGCUGGAGAUAACGCAGAGUGCAGAGACUAUGUGCUGAACUGUGGCAUCCUGCCAUCUCUGCAGCAGUAAGUGUCCUCCACCUGUCUGUCAGUCUUUUUCAGUGUGUUUUUGUCAUGUGUUAUUAAACACUUCCUUAUUUUUUUCACAUUCAGGCUGCUUGCAAAGUCCAACCGACUUACAACAACUCGUAACGCAGUGUGGGCACUGUCCAACCUCUGCAGAGGGAAGAAUCCACCGCCAGACUUUGCAAAGGUGGCGUUAAGAUACUUAUUUGUAUGUUGCACCCUCAGUAUAGACUCUACUCUGUGUUAACCUUUCCCUGUGCCUCUGUGUCUGGCUGUCAGGUGUCUCCAUGUCUCAGCGUUCUGUCCAGGCUGUUGUUCAGCAGUGAUCCUGAUGUGCUGGCCGACGCCUGCUGGGCUCUGUCCUACUUGUCUGAUGGCCCCAAUGAGAAGAUCCAGACGGUGAUCGACUCGGGGGUCUGCCGCCGGCUAGUGGAGUUACUCAUGUAAGAGCUGUCAAGGUUAUAUGAAGAGAAGAGACAGACUGAUUAAAUACCUGGCUGACAUGUACAUGAUAAAUAAGGAUGCUCUCAGACUGCAGGACAGGACAGUGCUCCACUCUUCUCACCAGAGAUCAGCUCUGUCUGUUCUCACAUCUGGGCCUGAUAACUGUCCUUAUUUCUGUUCUCCGAGACUCUAGAAAAUAAUGUUUUUACCACAGUGUCAACAGGCAGAAGGGAAAUCUUAGAGACCAGCCUGAGACAGGACAUUUUCUGGAGCGUUUUACCAGAUAGAACUGCCUGUACAGGACUGUUAAACAUGCUAAGCAUCAACAUCCAGAGCCUGUCAUCCAGAGUCUGUCACCUUGUAUCCAAACAUGGGUAUAUGACUUGUAAAAAGUUUUCAAUCACUGUGUCGAUAGUGGCGACUGUUGUGUACUGCUCCCUAAAAAAAGAGCCUGUGGAGACCUGGUGCACAGCUGCAGCUCCUAACUGAGCCUCUCUGCUGUGUGCCACACCUUCAGCCAGUUGGUCUACAUUAAAACAUGCUUUAAACUCUAAACAGCAUCCUGAUCGCUGAACAUAACAGAAGACCACAUAGUACUUUUCUCUACCAACAUGUCAAGUUUUCAGCAUCAGUAAGUGUCAGGGGUAACCUCGACCUGUGUGUGCGUGUGCGUGUGUAUUUGCAGGCACAGUGACUAUAAGGUGGUCUCUCCAGCUUUACGAGCAGUGGGAAACAUCGUGACAGGAGAUGACAUCCAGACUCAGGUAGACUCUGACCCUCUCACCUGUCCUGGGUUAUGAAGAAAGGACCUGGAGGUGUGUUAAUCAUGUGUCUAUGCUUUCAGGUGAUCUUGAACUGUUCAGCUCUGCCGUGUUUGCUGCACCUCCUCAGCAGCCCGAAGGAGUCUAUCAAGAAGGAGGCAUGCUGGACAGUGUCCAAUAUUACAGCAGGAAACAGAGCUCAGAUCCAGGUAAGACCACUUCACCUGCUGCUCUGUAACCUUCACUUAAAGGGAUAUUCUGGUGUAAAUUUUAGUUAUGGUCAAAUACACAGUAACACUGAGUUAGACACCCCCCCGAGAGAUGAAUGUUGCCGACUGCUUGCUUCUCUAAUUAUACCAACCUCAGCAACGACCGCACAAUAGCAAUACAAUACAAUACUGUAUUUUUCGCACUAUAAGGCGCACUUAAAAUCCUUUUGGCUUGUCGGAGCACUGCAGCUACCGUAGCCUUGUGGAGUUAUUGAAUGAGUUAAAUUAAAUUUGACUUAUCUGACUGUUUUGUUUGGCUUAAUGCGCUUUAUAAUCCGGUGCGCCUUAUGUAUGAAAAUGGACACGAAUAGAUGCACCUUAUAAUCAGGUGCACCUUAUAGUGUGAAAAAUACGAUAGGUCUACAUCUCCUUGCCCACACCUCAACCAAAACGCCACUCUAUAGCCACAAAUAAUGCUCAGAACAGCACCUAACUUCAUCAACAGUACAUAUAGGGUCCCAGUCAAAGUACUAGCCAUCAAACAUCCUUAUAGCUUUGCCUGAUUUCUUCAGAAUAGAGACUAAACACAACUCACCUACUCUCCAGCAGCAGCCGCUUGUUUGUGGGGGAGACCUGACGAGUCGAUCGUAAUUAUCUCUGACACUGUCUCCUAUGCAGAAUGUGAUCGAUGCAAACAUAUUCCCCGUCCUGAUCGAGAUCCUUCAGAAGGCCGAGUUUCGCACGAGGAAGGAGGCAGCCUGGGCAAUCACAAACGCUACCUCUGGAGGAACUCCUGCACAGAUCAGGUAAAAAACUCGGCAAUAACAGGGGACUCAUUCUGUGAAUGCGUUGUCAGUGUAAUCUGAUUUUGUUGUCUGUGAUGUUGAGGAAAGAAAUCAGGCAUUUAUUUAGCUUCUGAGUGUAUUCAGUCACUCUGAGCGUUUGAAAUAAAUGGGCCCCUUUUAAUCCUUGUGCUAACAGGUACCUAGUGUCUCUGAACGCCAUCAAACCUAUGUGUGACCUGCUGACGGUGAUGGACUCAAAGAUAGUUCUGGUGUCUCUGAAUGGGCUGGAGAACAUCCUCAGACUGGGAGAGCAGGAAGCCAAGCAGAACGGGACUGGCAUCAACCCGUAUUGCGCUCUCAUUGAGGAGGCAUACGGUAAGGCCAAAAACUCUGCUCCCUCUUUGUGUUCCAAAACUUUUCCUUUUGUUUUUGAUGUUUCAAGCAUUUUUUUUGUAACAACAAGACAGAGCUUAACAUUAAACCCCAGUUUUUCACAGUGCAGUGAAAAUGUAAUGCUGUCACAGUGUAAGAAUAACAAUAUGAGCCUGUCAAGGAAACAACACAAGAACUUUUAGUGGACAGGAUUCCAAACUCUUCAAAACUAACUAAGUAUGUUAAACCAAAGAAGCAUUGCAUUGAAGAAAUACUGCUGUACGUUUGAAGCAGGGUUUUAAUGGAUGCCGGUAAUCUCUGCCCCUUUAAUGAGAAACUGCAGAGAGAGACAGCAUGCAAGCUAGGCUUCAGUUUUCUGCGUGUGGACAUGUGGACUCUGACACAGACUUUAGCUAAUUUAGAGACUCUAACCCAAACAGUCACCUCAGUUUAAGUCUACGCUCUACAGAGAAGUUUUCAGUCAAUUCUCUUCUCUGAUAUUCAGCAUUUUUACAAUAAGCAGCAUCAAACGUUUUUUCCACUGAGAGCCAAUAAAAUCACUUUAUUUUAAAAAACGCUCAAUGUCAAUGUCAGCUUUAUUUAUAAUGCACAUUUAAAACAGCCAGUGGCCAACCAAAGUGCUUUACAGUAAAAUAGCCAGAAACAAUCAAAAAUCAACAAUGAAAGCUACAAAAACAAUGAAAGCAUAAUACAUAUGAAAACAACAAUAUAGAUAAAAAUAGCAAAUAAAUAAAAGACCCAAUAAAAGUAACUAUUCUACCCCAAAGGCUAAAGUGAACAGGUGCAUCUGUCAGGGGUAAAGCAGUCCACAAAGUGGGAGCCACAACAGAAAUGCUCGAUCUCCCCCAGUUGUGUAGAGCUCAUCCGGCUGUUCCACAGCUGCCUGUCUCUGCCUCAAGGCACCACAUAGGCUGUGUAACAGUGUCCCGCCUACAGUCCCCACUGAUUGGUUACACAGACAGCCAAUCAGUACUCAAGCUUCUAAGCGCAGCUCCACAGCGACGGAGAGAGAGAGGAGAGUUGCUCCGUGAAGCAGCAGUGUGAUUGGAUGUGAGAGUCCGGUUCCUCUCACUGAUGUUUAUUUAACACCGUAGAACUAAAAGCUCAAAAGAACAAAAUAAAAGCCAACAUCAGUUAUUGUAACAUGACAUAAAUAACACUGUUAAUCACUGUAGCCAAUACAGAUAAAGAAUACACAAGGCCAUACAGAUCACUUUAGCCUGCUUCUCAACAAACGGCCGAGUCAUUUCCCAGAGUUAAUGUUCACUGGCAAAAUAAUAUAUUUCAACUUACACGUCUCAUAAAACCACAUGCCAACAGUUAUAACAAACACCAUGAAGCAUGGAGAAAUAAAACAAGAGACACUAGCAGGUAGCAACACAGGUAGAGGUGCUCCUCUCAGUCUAUGUGAAGUUUAUGGAGCUAGCACGCGCUACUUCCGGAUCUUUUCUCAGUUCAAAAUAAAAACGUGUUUCAAAAUAAGGCCAAAAUAUACAUUUUUAAUGCCAAUGACUAUUGUCUCUGAAUAUUGGUUAUCGGUUUCCUUGAAUACUAAUAAUCAGUAUCAGUAUUGGCCCUAAAAAACCACAUCAGUCAAUCCUAAAUGUUACAUAUUGUGAUGGGAGGAGGGGGUCUGAAAGUGAGCUGUUCUGUUUGUUAACCCCUUCAGGUCUGGAUAAGAUUGAGUUCCUGCAAAGUCAUGAGAACCAGGAGAUCUACCAGAAGGCCUUUGACCUUAUCGAGCACUACUUCGGCGUGGACGAGGAGGAUGCCAGCCUGGCCCCACAGGUGGACCAGAACCAGGGUCAGUUUGUCUUCCAGCAGCAGGAAGGACCCAUGGAGGGCUUCCAGCUCUAACCCUGCCUCUCCUCAACAAGCCCCGCCUUCUCCUUAUUAGUUUAUAAUCCUGGGCUGAUGGGCCCAUGGACUCUGCUGGGACCUGGACCCUCUUCUGCUGGUCCAGCCCCGUCACUUCUGCAUCGGCUCCUCCUCUGUGAGACACACAGACAGACAGACAGACAGCCAGGUGGACAGAGGGAGGUGUGUGCGUGUGUGCGUGUGUGUGUGUGGAGGUGAACAGAGUGUGUGAGGCUCAGCUUGAUCCUGAAGAGAGUAUCAGAUGUGAUGAUGACGUCUCCUGUUUUCCUCUCGGCUGCAGACGGACUCUGUGACUGUCGAGCUUGUUCGACUCCUGACGAUGAUUUUUGUGUUUCAGUUAGAAAGAGGACUCUAAAUCAGCAUCCAUAUCCCGUCUUCAAUGUGAAACUACCUCUGACACCUUCAGACAGAAAGCCCUACAGGAACAGACUGAUUUCUUUGGCGUAGCGCGGCAGGGGUUUGGAUUUUGAUGAGCUGUAGUGGAUGUAAAUACAGUCUGCUGUUGGUCCAGCUGCUCCCUCUCCUCUCUACUCCUGUCCUGUUGAAGACUCUUCAAGCGUCUGGAGACUCUGAAUCCUUAAUUUAUUCGUCCUCUGGUUUGUGUGGAGCUGCUGUGUCCUCAGCACUGACUGAAUGCUCCCUGAAUGAUGCGCCAGUGUCAACUCUUUGUCGUAUUUUGCUGCUUUUCUCCAGUUCAGAGAGCAGAAUCGGGCGACGCUCUCUCUCUCUCUCUGUUACAUGAUGCAGUGUGUUUCUGCGUAAAGGAGAUUUUUUUUUUUCUGUUCUAGUUUGAAGUAGCGCCGUAACACAUCUUAACUUAUUUUCUGGCUGCAGUCAUCUCCGUGCUGUGCUGAGAUCAGCCGUGGAGAGUUUGUAUAUUAUAUAUACACGUGAGAAGGUGCAGAGAGAGUGUGUAACAGGCUGUGGAAGCUGUGAUAUGCAAUUCUGUUUCAGACUGAUGCAGUGUUAGUGCUCCUGUCCCUGCUCUCUGACAUUUUUAAGAGGUUUCCUCCUCUGCGCUCCUUUCGAUUUGAUAUUUUCAUGUGCACAUUUUGUUGUUAAAGUCCUCAAAUGACCUUUGAACCCUGACUACAGGAGUCCAGCAGCAUUCAGAGCCGAACAUAUAAUCAUGAGAUAAAACUACAUGUAAAGCAGAAAUGACAUGAAGCACAUUGAAUGGUGUAUAGUUUUCUAAUACUUCAGGUUUGUAUGAUUGUAUAUCAUUUUUUAGGUUUUGGUAGUGUUUCUGAUUUCUCCUGUUUUUGGGGUUUAUUUGCAGUGUUUUCGUGGCUCUCAGUAGAAAAGCCGUGUUCAGAGUGAGUCUGUUUGCAGACACUCACUUCUACUGUGUAACAACAACUAAUAAACUGAUCUGAUGGAGACGAAAUAAACACACUAUGCCUCUGUCUGCUCUGUUAUGAUAGAAAAACAAUCUGAGUAUAAGAGAGUCAAUGUUCAAGUUUAAAAAAGGAUCUUUGAAGAGGUCUGUAGUGCAUUGGAGACCCCAACCCCUGAGAUCAUCGCAUGUAGACUGGAGCAAAUGAAAAGGAAAUGCUUAGUUGUUUGUUGUUUGAAAUGCUUAGGCCUGUUUUUUGUAACAAGCUGUAGCUCGAAGUAGGAAUGGGAAUGCUCAAUACAUGUAUAUCAGCCCACUGCUUAUCAGACAUAUAUUGGGAAUGGUUCACUACUUUUUGAGUAUUUUGGUACGACAGUUGGAUAAAAACAGCUGAUAGAAGUAACCUCAAGUGUAAGAUGACCUCCUAUUUUCAAGUCUGAAUUUGAGAAAAAGACGUAAUGAGAACAAACUUGUUAACUGAAAGUAACUUGAACUGGGGGCUACACAGCCCGUGACAUCUGACCUUUACAGAUCAGCUGAUCACAGAUAAAGCCUCCUAACAGGUUUGACGAAAACAAAGAUGUCAGCCACUGUGCAGCACAGUCACUUAUUAACAGGAAUUACUCUUUAACUAAAUUACUCCAUGGAUCCUCUCAGAUUUCUUUGUUUCUGAGGGAUUGGACCUUGGCAGUCUCUAAAAUGCUCUGAUCUUCUGUGUGGGAUAGAAAAGCUCCUGAUCAGAGUUUAUCAUUACAUGCUGCUGGUCUCACAAAUAGAGUAGAUUUUACUGUAAGUCAGUGCAUCACACUGCUCUGUUUUUACCACUGAUGUUAACUCAAGAUUAAGUUGUAUAAGACACCUCCUGCCCUGCUGUCAGACAGAAGGGGAAUAGUUUGUUAAUCCAGUAUUCUGGUUGUACAGUUUUCUCUGAUUGGAGGAGCUGACAUUAAAAAGUCCACACAGUCUAAUGCAGCAGUCUGCGUUCUGUUGUUACAUAUGGAGGCUGAGUCUCUCAGAAGGAAAUAUGGGAAGAGGUUCAUCACUCUGUGAGAGACUGUGUGAGCUAAUAGUUCGACAGUUUCAGAGAAAAACGUUUUCUGUGACUCCAAAUGGAGUACAAUUUCCUAAAUAUAUGCCAUGCUGUACUAAAGCAGACUGUAAACUGGAGACUGAGACCAUAAACUCAUUAGGAAAAUAAAGGAAUAAAUGAGCUCAGGAGGACAACCAUUUUCUCCCAGACUUCUAUACCAAAGGACAGAUUUCACUACCAGCAGAGUCACCCCCUGGUGGACAUUAAGAUAACUCAGACCCUGUUGCAGUGAAUGUGAAAAGAUAAGUAUCAAGAGCAUUUAUCCUGCUAACUCAUUUUCUCACAUUUAUAUUUUCAGUUUAUUUAAAAUUUCACCAUUAAAACAAUAAUCUCCUUUAAAGUAACACAGCUGUAUCAAAGUUGUAAAGCAGUUUAAGCACAAAGAUUAAAGGUCUGAUGUGAUAUAUCCAGAAUGUUUAUUCAGUUUAUUGUCUCAGUUUAUAAAGCUGAAUAAAUCUUCUCUCGGUGCAUGAAA